AUGCAGUAUGCACUAAAAUCACUUAAAACUAAAAUUAAAAGAAAAUCUGGUGAUGAGAGAGAGAGAUAUUUACAGAGUGAAUUCCAGUGGAAAAGAGGUGCAAGAUCCGAGCGUAGUGAGAGAGAGCAUAGUGAGCGAGUGUUACAGAAGUGUGUAAGUGAGAAUGAGAAGUUGCAGAAGGAGAUUGAGGACUGGACAAGAAAGACAGAUACAAGACAGGAGACGACGAGAGAAGAAGGGUUGGGAGAUGGUGUGAUAGAAGAGAGAGAAAAGGAAGUUUUGAAGAUAGAAAAUCAAAAAUUAAGAGAAAAAUUAAAAACUAAAUCUAAGUUAAUAAAAGAACAGAACAAAAAGACAAUACAAUUAAAUAAACUAAAAAUACAAAAUAAAAAGCUUAAAAAACAGGUAGAAGAAAGAGAAGACCAGAGGCUAGAGCUGGAAGAGAGGAUACAUGCAAUAACAACGGAUCAACAAAUCGAUGUAUUUUCAAAGGGAAAGUAUAGCAAUGCUAUAAGGGAUGUUUACAUCGACUUGUUGAAAAUGGGUGUUGGUAUAAAUAAUGUAGAUAAGAUUGUUCGAACUGUUUUAAAAAAACUUUUGGGGAUGGAGGCAUCUCGUUUGCCUCAGAAGUCUUUGGCAAGCGAGAUGUUCCUUGAGGCUCGAGCAUUGGCCCAUCUACAUAUUGUAGAUGAAGUUGUAGAUUUAGAUCGUAGGCCAGAGGAGGUUUCCAACACAUUGUGUAGUGAUGGUACCUCUAAACUGGGCCAUCACUAUAUGGCUUACGACCUAAACCUAGAAGAUGGCCGUGCUUUAAUGCUCGGGCUAAGAGGAACACCGAGUGGUACAGCAGAAUCAACCUUGGAUGCAUUAAAGGACAUAGUGGAUGAGGUUGUAAGUAUUGAUAGUCGAGGGCGAGAAGGAGUGCAAAAUUUGGUGGCCACUUUGAAAAAUACCAUGAGUGACAGAUGCGCAACACAAAAAAAAUUUAACAGACUUUUGGAAGAUUAUAGGGAAGAAAUUUUGCCUGAUGUAAUUGAGGGUUGGGGGGACUUAUCUGAAACAGAACAAAUCAAAGUGGUCAAAUUAGAUAAUUAUUUUUGUGGCCUUCAUUUUCUUGUUGGUCUUGCGGAUCAGGCAGAUGCGAGUUUGUGUGUGUGGGAAAGACUUGUGCUGGGUGAUGAGAAGAGGGGUGCAGAGAGACUGGUGUCGUUGAAUGUGAAGAGUGGUGAGAGUGGUGCUGUGCGCCUGAUCCGCACUGUAUGUAAGAGUGUGCAAGAGAGAGCGUGUGAGAAGAGUGGUAAGCCGGUGCAGUUUAGAGCGUUCUUGGCAAGCGAAAGAGGUAAGAAGAAGGUUCCCCUCGCUCCUUUCAAGGGAAAUAGGUUUAAUAUUAUUUUCCAUAAUGGAGCAGGGGUAUAUGCCCUCCUUGAAGAUCUGCGGAUCUUCUUUGAGAGGGUAAAGAAUGACAACCUUCUUCUGGGUGCUGUUCAUGCGGAUGUUGGAGUUUCUCUUUUCGUCUGUGGAGCUCGCGCCCUUGGUUUGAUUGACAAGUAUGUAACAGGACCCCUUUGGAAGGUGACAGAAGGUGCUCUGCAUGUGCGAGAAUUGAGUGCGAGAUAUGAGAGAAUGCUUAACUGCUUUACACGGUGGUCAAAUGAUGCUUCUGGAUUUUUGAGAGGUGAGGAGCGAUUGUUUGAGGAUGUGCCUGUGAGAAAUGAUGAAGUGUUGGAGAUGCUGCUGAAGGAGAGUGAAGAGUGUGAUGCUGGGACCAUUCAGGCAUUGGAGAUAAUGUUUGCCUUUUUCAAAAAGUCACACAGAGAUUAUUGCCUGAUUUUUUGGAAGGAGAAUGACGUAGGGGAAUGGAUAGAUAGUUUGAGUCCAGAGAGAUAUGCUCGUGUGAUGGAGAUUUGUGUGAAGUCAAAACGUAACCAAAGGCUUCGAGCUCUAGAGAGGAAGGCUGAACAUGCUCAUGAACAACGGGUGACAGAGAAGCGUGUUGAGAGACAAAGGAUGUGA